AUGAGAAGGUUUUCUUACAAAAUACAUAAAGCUAAUAAUGCACACUAUAUUUUGAUUAAUUUCAAGUUCAAUGUGAAAUAUAUCAACGAGUUCAAAACUUUGUUGGACAAAGAUGAAAGAGUCAUUCGACAUCUUUUGGUAAAGAGGGACGAAGCAAUCACUGAAAAUUUCCCUCCCACUUCCGAGUAUAGCACAAUUGAUGAUGAAGACAAAGCAGAUGAUGAAGAACUUGACGAUGAAUGGGAUGAUGAAGACGAAAAGGAAGAUGACUUUAAUGAUGAUGUUGGAGUAAUCAUCAGAGAUGAUGAUGAUUCAAGAAUGAUAUAA